UUCUCCUGAAAGUACCUAAAGUGCAGAAUCACACCGGCAUACGUUGGAGCUUUUACUGCGCAUGCUCGACGCGCAAUGUCCAGCCUUGCCAAGACCUGCCCCUAUUCUUCACCAAUGAACGGAACGGGCAAAUUUACAAGCGGUGUAAGCGUUACACUAUGGCCGAGACGGACAGUGACAGCUUGCGAACGAGAUGUUGACAAAACAUUGAAGAUCUGCUAAAUGCAACGUUGGUCCUCAAACGAGAAAGUGUUUUCUUCGAUCUGCUGAAAUCAGGUGUUGUAAAAACCGGUGGGAGUGAAGCUACUGGCAAGCUGGCGACAGAUAUUGGGGAGGACAGAUCUGCUUGUGAACUGUGAGCGAUAACGCGCGACCUGUCUGGAGUAAAGACUGAUUUAACGACCGGAAUAUAGGAAUAUGAAACAUGGCAUCAUUCGCGAAACAGCCCGAGCUCACUCUUCAUCAUGUGCACUUAUUUGCCCUUUUUGGAGAAUAUUUAAUCCGGUAAUUGUAUGUGGUACACAGGAUUGUACACCAUUUACUAGUAUUGAGCUGUUUUUGUAAGUGAUUAUUUGUAGUGCAUCAUCUCACUCGGGAUAUGGAUAUUUGGACUUGGCUGCGCUGAAGGGACCCGCUGCCUGCCUGUCCAUCAUAAUGGAUCAAGAUGAUAACCAAGAACCUCUGCAUGCCCUUUACGGGCCUAACCGGAUGCGGCCGUCAUCGUACCGGGCACUGCGAAGUGCUGUGUCCAGCCUGGCACGAAUCGAUGAUUUUUUCUGUGAAAAAAUCGGUUCUGGGUUCUUCUCAGAAGUGUUUAAGGUGCAGCACAGGAUCACAGGCCAGGUGAUGGCUCUGAAGAUGAACACAAUGGCCAGUAACAAAGCUAACAUGCUGAGAGAGGUGCAACUAAUGAACCGCCUUUGCCACCCCAACAUCCUCAGGUUUUUGGGUGUAUGUGUUCAUGAAGGACAGCUUCAUGCUCUUACAGAGUUCAUAAAUGGGGGCAACCUGGAGCAGCUGCUGGACAGUGACAUAUAUCUUUCAUGGACUGUGAGGAUAGGUCUGUCUCUGGACAUUGCAAGAGGGCUGCAAUAUCUACACAGCAAGGGCAUUUUCCACCGAGAUCUUACGUCUAAGAAUUGUCUGGUGCGUUGUGACAAUGGUGCUUUUACAGCUGUGGUUGGGGACUUUGGACUGGCAGAGAAAAUCCCUGAUUAUAGUGAUGGUGUUGAAAAGCAACCCUUAGCAGUUGUGGGCUCCCCCUACUGGAUGGCUCCAGAAAUGUUAAGAGGAGAGCUGUACGAUGAGAAGGCGGAUGUCUUUUCAUAUGGAAUAAUCCUUUGUGAGAUUAUUGCUCGAAUUGAGGCUGACCCAGAUAUCCUCCCACGGACAGAGGAUUUUGGACUGGAUGUGGACACCUUUGGGCAUAUGGUGGGAGACUGUCCACCUUCAUUCCUUUGCCUGGCUGUCAGUUGCUGCAAUAUGAGUGCAAACAGUCGUCCCGCCUUCUCUGAAAUAGUAGUGACACUUGAGAGGAUCGAGAGAGAAAGAGUGAAGACUGAAGUUCCAGUCAUCCUAGAACCCAUUGCCAUUGACGUCAGCCCGUAUAGGAGAAGAAGCUCACCAUGCUAUCCUGGUGACCAGCGGCUGUCACGUAGUCAGUCAGACGUAUUGCCCCCUGCCACAUCACCAUGUUUAGGCACGCCUGCACGGGUCAACCCAUUCUCUCUUCGCCAAGACCUCAACGGUGGUCGCAUCAAGCUGUUCGACACCCCUAGCAAAUCUGUCAUCUCUCUUACCUUUACCCUUCCACCACCUCCAGACCCUUGUGCCUCCCCACCACUAAACAGGAGCACGGGGCUCAGAGGACCCCCUCGAAGGUGUCGGUCCCUGCCGUGCACCCCCGAUCUGGGUCAACAGCCACUCUUACGGGACCAAGAGUACUGGAAAGAGGAAGAGGUGGAGAGAAAUGAAGAACUGGGAGAUGGAAUGAAAGAGAAGGAGGAGGAAGGACGGCAAGAUGCAGUGGAGGACUCCGGCCUGGUUCUGGACUUAGAUAUGGUGUCUUUAGAACGGGUAGAAGAGGAGGAGGAAGAGGUGGAGAAGGAGGGCCUGAGCCUCACAGAGCCCAUGGACUGUAGUAGUUCGCCCGACACAGCAGAAGGAAACAUGUCAGGAAAGCGGCUUAUUAGUGGUUCUUCUUAUUCCCCAUCCUUACAGUCCAAUGGUUGGGUUACGCCCAUCUCUAACGGACCACCGUUAUUACCUCCCCUUCCCCGUUUGGACAACAACAAUGGACUUCUGAGGCCUGGGCGGCCCUUUGCAUGGGCUAGACUGAACGGAUACCGAGGCCCCGGCCCAGAGCUUUUACCGCCCACUAACGAACAAGACGAUGUCAUGUCAUGUCCGACCUGCUGUCUGGCUGGGUUCAGCUUCCCUUCCUUGUGCCUGCGUAGAGCUCCUCCCUCGCGCCGUGGACCCCCACGACGACCUUACAGGAACUUCAACAAAGGGGAAACAUCUGCAGCCACAGCAAAAGGACUGCUCUGUUGGGGAGCAACGGGUCUGGCUCCAUCCAGUACAACCUGUGAGCCAGGGUUACCUCUGCCAGAGGCCCAGACCUAAAGAUGACCACUGCGACAUCUCAGAAACUGCUCAAUAUUUACAAUGCAACACAGUCAGGCAUCCCCGAUGUCAGUAUGGUUAUCUUACUGGAUGAAGUGUGGGUUGAAACAGUGAAAUUGAGGGAUAGUUCACCCAAAAAAUGAAAAUUCUGUGGAACACAAAAGAAGAUGUUCAGACAGUGAAAGUCAGUCAGGUCCAAUGUUAUUUAAUUGUUUGGACAAAACAUUUGAAAGAUUCUUCAAAAUAUCUUCUUUCUUUUUUAUAGAAUAAAGAAAGUCUUUUGACACAUGGGUGAGUAAAUAAUUUUCUAGGGCUACACGAUAUAUCAAAAUUGCACAGGCUGCAAUUGAAUUAAAUAAAUAUAUGCAUUACCGGUUUCAAAAGCAUGUGUGUAAAUGAACACAGUGCCACGCUUUACUCUGAAAACGGCAGUGCAUAUAUUUAUUUGCUGGCAACUCGCCAAAAUAAAACCUUGAUAGUUUAAUUUUUGAAAAUAAAGUAACUAAGAUGCAAAUAUUAGUAUAAUAAUUUGAUGGUUUUACUAUAAAUUAUAAUUAUUUUUAUUAAAUACUAAAUUUUUAAAUUUUACAGUACAAUAGUAUUAUUACCAUAUAUUAUUUUUUAAUAAUCACAAUUAACAAAACAUGACAAAAACAGUGGGAUUGAGGCCAGUAAAAUCUCAAGUGGAAAGAGAUCUGUUAAAGCUAUCUGAUAUAGCUUUUAGUACGUUAUUGAAAACACCCCAAAUUUUCCCAAAUUGUUCAGCCCUUAAAAGAAUGGUUCACACAUUUUUCAGCUUUUUAAAGGUGCGAUGUGUACAUUUUAGGAAGAUCUAUUGACAGAAAUGAAAGGCAAUAUAAUAUACAUAACUGUUUUCAUAAAUGUGUGGUGUAUAAAGACCUUACAUAAUGGACCAUUAUGUUUUUUUUACCUUAAAAUGAACCAUUUCUAUCUACAUACACUGCGGGUCACCUUACAUGUUAAGUCGCCAUUUUGCGCCGGCAUGUUUCUACAGUAGCCCUAAAUAGACAAACUGCUUUAUAGAGUGUAUUUGCUUGGCCUGAUAAUCUCUGCUGUUUCAGAUGACAACAUUUUUGUUCUGUGUUGGCUUCUCUAUAUUGCAAUUCUCAACUUCACCGCUAGAUGCCGCAAAAAAAUUACACACUGCACCUUUAAAUUAUUUUUAUUCUCUAUGCAAAUGCACUCCCCUACAAAAUCACCCCUUUCAUGACUAAUUCUUUGCAAAUAUAGUUAUAUAAGUCAUCAGCUGAAAAUUUUAAAUCGCAAUGUAUAUCUCUUUUUUUGUGCAGUCCUAGAAUUUUCUGUUUUGAGUGAACUAUACCUUCAGAUGUGUGCAUGAGAUACACACAAGUUAAAAGUGAGAAAUGAAAGGCAUGCUGGUUCCAUAGUGCCAGUUCUUUAUCAUGGUCUUUUUUUUAUUACUGUAAUUCAGAAUAACUUAUAUCAUCACUGUACAAUACUGUCUGCUGUUUAUUGGGUGCUCUUUUUGGCUCCAUAAAUGUUUGAUUGACUCAAAGCCACUGUGUUUAAAAUGAAGAAAAUGAAAAAAAAACUGUGUUUGUAAUAAGGGAGACCCAUGUGAAAACAGUGGCAUGUCAAGCAUUUGUGUAUAUCUCAUGUAUUUAUUUAUUAGAUAAGCAUUCCUCUGAAAGACUGAGUGCUCUUCACUUUGCUGUGAGGGUGUGUGACACUGGGUUCUGAUGUCAGACAUUUGUUGUUACAUUUUUGUGAUACACAUGUAUGUUUAGAUGCAGUAAAUCAUGGUAAUUAUGUAAAAUGUACUGUUUAAUAUGCAUUUUUUUUUUUUUUUUGAAAAUGUUUGAGUUUUACACAAAUGAAGAUGUGUAGGAGUGCCUGUAGAGGAUAGCAGUAUUCAUUUUUUAUCUCCCCCUAGUGGUCAGGAGGACACGCUCUUGUUAGAUCACAGCUGCUGUUAUUAUUUAAAAAAAACAGAUUCCUCUCACAUGAGUCAUGUUUGAGGACAUUUACCUUCACAUUUGAUCUAGUUCAGUUUUUUUGUGAUGUUCAAGGUAUGGAAUUGUAUUUAAAAGCAAAAGAGCAUCUUGCACAAAGUGUUUUCUGAUGCCAUUUACUCAUGACAGUUAUAUGACACACCUCAACAAAUCUGCUUUGUGUUUCAUAUUCAGUCUGAGAAGUUUUUUUGCAUUGCUUUUUUAAGCAGAAUCUCAGACAGCCUGUAAUGCUGAAUUACACCUCAGAAAUACGUCCACUGUAUUUCCUCAUGCUUGUCAACGUACUUCUGCUUAUGAGAUGAGCAUAGGAAGUUUCUGCAUGCUGAGUACUGUACAAAAGAGUGAUCUGUACAUAUUAAUGCAUGACAAUAGGCAAGAAGCUGUCUAGCGCAUUAAAACUUCCCUUCAUACUGGCAUCAGAGGUGAAGUUGUCUCAAGGCGUUUUUGUCUUAUUCUGAUCUGAAUUCAGAUGAGAUAUGAAUGCAAUAAGUGCUCUUGAUUUAAGCAGUAAGUUAUAUUUCUUAUAGUUUGGCGAGUGAAAUGUUAAAAUAAAUUAACUUGUUAUAGGUUCUUGAAAAGUAUGUUUUCUAAUACUAAUCUGAAUUAUAGAAUUGGGCUGUAAAACUCAGAAAGCUGAUAAUGAAAUAUCUGAUUGAUUUAUAGUUUUCCAUGCACACAAGAGAACUGUAAUAUAUACAGCACAGACAUUGAGAAUUUGCCUCCUUUCUGUCAGUGAUGAAGUGGUGUUAUAGCGGAUGGGGCAUGGAUGGAUUUGUAAGGUCCAUGUUACUGUAUAAAUAUCUGUUUCUUUCUAAGAGAGAACCUCUUUCUCUGAAAACAAAGCACUUAUUACUAUGAUUACUGUUAUUAGUUCUGGGGAACAGCAGCUUUAAUAAAUGUCAACGAGUUGUUAUUUAUGAAAAUGUCAUGAAAUAAAAAAAGAUUGAAUGUA